AAAUAGAAAAUGCAUAAAAACAAAAGGGAACUCAUGGUUCUAGCUCAUUUCAACGACAGCCCCUUUAGUCUUUUCUUUCUCUUUCUAUUUGUUUCGUUAGAUUCAGAUCAUCCUUGCGUUCUUCACAACAACCCCAUCCACUUUCUUCUUCUUCUUCUUCCCUGUCCGAAAAAUCCACGUCAAAACUCACCAUUGUCUCAUCCCUUUUCCCUUAAUCUCAAUCCCCUCUCUUAUCAUUUCAGAUAAAAAAUAUUCCCCAUCUCCUUGAUGCACCCAUAUCUCUUAGAUUUCAUUCCCGCUCCCUAUCGACCUCUCUGUUUAUAAUCCUUCUUCUUCUUCUUAUUAUUAUUUUUGUUGCGGGUUUUAAUGCGGGUUUUAUGAAGAUAUGCACGUAAAAUUUCAUUUCCUUUGGCUUGUCGUUGACAUGCAGUGAGAGGGAUGCGUGUAAGGGUUAUUGAGAUUGAAACAGAGGAGAGGGAGCCAAAAGAAAGACAGAGAGAUGGCGAAUCAGGUGGUGAAAGUGAGGAGAGAAGCGAUUGUGGCAUGCAUGACUUGUCCUCUUUGCCAUAAGCUUCUAAAAGACGCCACCACCAUAUCUGAAUGUCUUCAUACGUUUUGCAGAAAGUGCAUAUAUGAUAAGGUACAAGAGGAAGAACUAGAAUGCUGUCCCAUAUGCAACAUUGAUUUGGGUUGUGUUCCUCUGGAGAAAUUAAGGCCAGACCAUAAUUUGCAAGAUGUGAGGGCCAAAAUCUUCCCUCUUAAUAGAAGAAAAGUGAAGUUACCUGAAGCUCUGCCCCCAGUUGCAAUGCCAACUAGAAGAAAGGAGAGAUCACUCUCUUCUUUGGUGGUUAAUGCCCCCAAAGUAUCAACACAAACUACCAUGACUGGACGGAGAACAAAAGCUGUUGCCAGAAAGGCUGGUUCUUUACGAGGUUCUAGUUUUGCAGUUGAGAAGCCCGUUAAAAGAGAGGAUUCUAUGGAGGAUCAACAGGAGAGUGCAAGCUCACCUGAAACACUAAAUAAAUUCACUCAGAAUAAAAGACUGUGUACUUCUUCUGCUGAACCUAGCCAGCACAUGAAUAAAGAAGCAGAGAAUGGUAGUGAAUCAUGGGAUGGGAAAUUGGAUCUGUGGAAACCUUUGAAUUGUUUGGUGGAGGUUGCAAAUAGGACCAAGUCCUUCAAGUCUAAUUCACAAGGCUCUGAUUCUAAAUUAGAACCCACUAGUGUCCCCAACAUUGAAGUUCAAAUGUGCAAAACCAAACAUAGGGAAGAUAAAUGCAAAACAAAAGUUGAGGAUGAAAAGGAUAAUGCUGGUCCUGCAAUUUCAGAAACUGUAACUCCUAAAAAGUUACGCAGGAUCCGUCGAAAAAGGGCUUAUGGAUUUGGGGAUUCUGGCAUUUCUCCACAAGCAGUGCUGGAUGCUGCUGGUCUAAAGCAUGAAAAAAGAAUUGGUCCUGUUUGGUUCUCAUUAGUGGCCUCUGAAGACCAGGAAGUAGAUGCACCCCUCCCUCAAAUUCCUGCAAUUUACCUAAGGAUAAAAGAUGGAAAUAUACCUGUUUCUCUUAUCCAAAAGUACCUGAUGAAGAAACUGGAUCUCACUGAUGAAGCUGAGGUUGAGAUCAAAUGUAUGGGACAACCUGUGGUUCCCACAUUGCAGUUGUAUAAUUUAGUCGAUUUAUGGCUACGAACGGCAUCAACAUCACAGCGAGUACCAGCAUCUGUUGGUUCUUCUGCAAAGGAUUUUGUCAUGGUAUUGGCAUAUGCUCGAAGAGGCCCAGAUCAAUAAUAAUUCUUUCUUUCAUUCUUUCCCCACCACAUCCAUAAUAUAUAAAUAUAUCCUUAUUGGAAUCUCGUUGGGUGAUACGGCAUGUAUUUUCUAAAAGCAUCUAUUCAGUGACUUGGUUCUUCUACAAUAGUUUCUUUCUUUCUCCACGUACGAAUAGAGCAGUUUAUGCGGCAAUGUAAUGGGAUUAGCUAUCAUCGUUCGAAAUUGCAGAUUGUAUAAUCAACUUACAGUUACAACUGCUGGCACUUCCUUUCAUUGUGUUGAAUUAGUUUGAUGUAAAAUUUUCUCACUUUCCACUCGAGCAGAACCUUUGCUUUCAACAUCUUUUUCCACACUAGUGUGUGAUUUUAAGGCUUUGUGACCGGUGAUGAAGUGCCUCCUGUGUUAUGUAAAUGUAACAAUGAUGUCAAGUUUCCUACCCGUGAUAGGAUAAGCGGCGUAAGUUGACAAUUACAGCCGUCAUGGCGUGGUUUUGGUGGAAUUGAAUUGAUUGGGAUUCCAUCGUCGUACUUGGAGCAUGUUUUUUAUUUGAUUGAGUCUAGUUCGGACCCAAAGCAUAAAUCGAAUGUGAUUUGGUUAAAUUCUUGAUUCCACGGCAAGAUUUCCAAGAUUUGAGUUUUACUUUCAUUAAGGAUUCUGCAAGGGAUUACUGUUUGCUCUUAAGGGCACUAAGGAUUCUGUAAGGAGGCAGAAGCGGGUAAGAAACAGUUUUUACUUCGACAUGAACUGGCAAACCAAAAAUAAUGCCUCUUGGAAAGACUUUGGCUGAAGGGAAAAAAAAGAAAAGAAAAAUUUGAUAACAACACGCCAACGGCUGAAAACCUGACUUUGUGGAAUUGCAAAAUAUCCCAAUUAAGACAAAAGUUACCUGUUAGUGAGACAAACCACAAAUCUUAGGAAUAUAUUGAAGAAAAUAUAUGUUGGGCUGGAACUUAAAACACCAUGCAUGCAGAGCUCAAUGUCAAUGGCAUUCAGAAUCAGAACCAUACAAGAUGAUAGUAUUUCAUAUUGCACAGAAAAGAAUGACUAGUUUCGGCCUUUGGGGCUCUUCUGCUUUUUGACCCAUAAAAAGUAAAGCAAAACUAGGAAAAAAAGGGGUAGGGCCAUCCAACCAUGUAGAUAAACAGACAGCUUUGCAAUAAUAAAUAAAACCCUUUCAUGGCAACUAGUCCUUACAUUGGCCAUUGACAAGCAAGGAUCUAUUGC